AUGAACCAGGAAAAUCAAACCCAGACGUGGGUGAGCGAGUUCAUCCUGCUGGGGCUGUCCCCUGACCGGGGAGCUCAGGUCUCCCUCUUUGUCUUGUUCUUAACCAUGUACUUGGUGACUGUUGUGGGCAAUGUUCUCAUUCUUCUUCUGAUCAGACUGGACAGCAGGCUUCACACCCCCAUGUACUUCUUCCUUACCGUUUUAUCUUUUGUGGACCUUUGUUAUGCAAACAGCAUCAUCCCACAGAUGCUUGUUCACUUCCUGUCAGCCCGGAAGUCCAUCCCGUUCCCCGGCUGCGUGCUCCAGCUCUGGGUGUCCCUGGCCAUGGGCAGCUCCGAGUUCUUCCUGCUGGGGGCCAUGGCCUACGACCGCUACGUGGCAGUGUGCCACCCCCUGCACUACACAGUCAUCAUGCACGGAGGGCUGUGCCUGGGGCUGGCUGCUGGCUGCAUGGUAGCCGGCUUCAUGAAUUCCCUGAUGGAAACUAUCAUCACCUUUCGGCUUCCCCUGUGUCACAAUAUCAUUAACCAUUUUGCCUGUGAGACCCUAGCUGUGCUGAGGCUGGCCUGUGGGGACAUCUCAUUCAAUAUGGUCAUGGUGGCCAUCUCAGGGUUUCUGGUGAUCAUGCUUCCCUGUUCCCUGGUCCUGUUCUCCUAUGGUCGUAUAGUGGCUGCCAUUCUGCGUAUUCGCUCUGCUCAGGGACGUAGCAAAGCCUUUGGCACCUGUGCCUCCCACCUCACUGUGGUGACCAUGUGCUUCGGGGCGACCAUCUUCACCUACCUGGGGCCACGGUCGGCCUCCUCAGUGGAGGAGGAGAAGAUGGUCGCUCUGUUUUACGCUGUGGUGGCACCUAUGCUGAACCCCUUGAUCUACAGCUUGAGAAAUAAGGACGUUAUGGCUGCUUUCCAAAAAGUCUUAAGUGAACUUCAGAGAUAA